GAAGAAGAAGAAGAAUUCCGUUUCUUCUCUUCUUGCUGCCAGCUGAAAAAACAUUUUCAUGGAGGACAUCGACCUGGUUUUACAAAAAGCACACCAUGAGUUCAACAAUAAAAAAUAUAAGCGAGCGGAGGAAUUAUACACACAGUUCAUUGAGUCAUGCACUAAAACGAGAGAGUGCAAUGCUCAUAAUUUGGCCAUCGCUUAUAAUAACAGAGGACAGGUGAAGUAUCUAAGGGUGGAUUUCUAUGAAGCUAUGGACGAUUACACCUCUGCCAUUCAAAUCAACAAUCAGUAUGAAGUCCCACUUUAUAACAGGGGAUUAAUACGUUAUAGAUUGGGCUUUUUCAAGGAGGCCGAGAGUGACUUUCGGAAAACUCUGGAUCUAAAUUCUGAUUUUAAAGACGCUAAAGAAAGUUUAAGACGGACACUACUGGACAGUGAAGAAAAAUCAAACAGAGGCUACUGAUGCGCCUUGUAUUUGGACGUCUUUACUAACAUUACAGUUCAUUUGUACAAAUUUAAUUAAUUUUUGAUUUGCACUGUAUGGUUGUGUGGUUUGAAGUUGAAUAUUAAAAUUACCGUUAAAUGUGUUAUUUUAUCUGGAAAACCUGAAUACUAUAAAUGAUACAAAACACUGU